AUGCCUGAUGGAACUGCUUUACCCUGUUCUGUGGAACACACCAACAGCCAGUAUCUCCUAUCUCCAGUAAAUGAACAAUAUGCGGACAUUUAUUGGGGCCUACUGGACCCAGAAACACCUGAAAAACGCGGUAUCCUUACGGCUUACCACAACUGGAAGCCCUGGAUUUCCCUCUUUGAGCCCUACGCCUCCCCUCCCGAUCCCCCUCAUGUCACCCUGUUCUAUGAUAGGCUGCAGACUGAUUGGUAUCAACAAAAUUUUCAGGAUCAGGUUGAAGGUCACAAUUGGACAAUUAGCACCCAAAACAUUUAUGUGGCACCGGAAGGUGUGGCGGCAGCUGUUGCCUUGACCUCUGAGCAGGCUCCCUGGUACAGGAUGUCAGAUGAGGCGGCACCCCAUGUUUCACUAGCUCUACACCCUAAACAUCAGGCAAAAGAACUAGGCAGUAUUGUUAAGAGGGCUCUCUUACAAACUGAUUGGGCGCCCACAGCACUCCCACAGGUUCACUAUUCUGUGCAGGCACAAACAUAUCGCAUACAGGUGUCAGGUGAAGACAAGGCCAUACUAGAACACACACAGAUUUCUAGACAUCAUGGGCGGGAACGCACAGACCACGCAGAGGCGGCAGCUCUAAUUGACGGCCUCCCUGAACAUUUAUGGGCACAAACUCCAACUGGUGUAGGAAAGGUUCAGUACAAACCAGUUACAUUCCAGGUGCAGGAGGGCUCUCCUCUCUGGAUCAGACAGUACCCACACAAAGUUCAGGAGGAAGAAGGAAUCAGGGACACUAUUGAGGGUCUUUUACAAAAGGGGGUGUUGGAACCUUCAACAUCUGCGUGGAAUACUCCUAUUUUACCUGUGGAAAAGAAAGGUACCGGUAAAUACCGCAUGGCACAUGAUUUAAGAGCAAUCAAUGACAUCCUCCGCACCCCCACCGUCCCAGUUCCUAAUCCAUAUGUGGCACUGACGACCUUAGAUCCCUCACAUGAAUGGUUCUCAUGUAUAGACUUGGCUAAUGCAUUUUUCUGUCUCCCUCUAGCAGAGGAAUGUCGAGACAUUUUUUCAUUCACAUUUGACGGCUGUCAGAUGCGAUAUACCAGACUACCACAAGGGUUCGCCCUUUCACCUGGUAUUUUUAAUCAGGUUUUGAAGGACCUUCUCAGUGACUGCCCGCUACCAGAACAGGUGAUUCUAGUUCAGUAUGUGGAUGACUUACUUGUUGCAGCCCCUACAGCAGCAUUGUGUUUAGAGGCAACAGGUACUCUUCUAAGACAUCUGGCUAGAACUGGAUUCAAGGUCAGCAAAGCAAAGCUACAGGUAGCCAGGAAACAGGUUUCGUUUUUAGGCAGACAAAUUUCACAGAAAGGAGCAGGGCUCUCUCCACAACACAAAUCAAUGAUCCUACAACAUUCCAAACCACUGAAAGUGAAAGACAUGUCUUUCCUGGGCUUGACAGGCUAUAGUAGGACUUACAUAGCUAACUACACUGGACUGACUAGACCCUUGCGUGACCUAGUCAAAGAAAAAGGUAUGCGCAACCUCUCAGCAGUAUUGGACUGGACUCAGGAAGCAGAAGAGGCGUUUAUCACACUUAAACAGGCUCUCUCUGCGGCAACUGACCUAGCUAUACCUGACUAUAGCUUACCAUUUUGUUUGGAUGUCUCUGGAACAGAACUAUGCACUAAUGGCGUCCUGUUCCAGAGAAAAGGGGGUGAGAGGGUAAUACUAAUGUACGUUAGUGUUAUGCUAGACAACAUGGAGAAACGACAUCCUCAAUGUACACAACAUGCAGCAGGAAUAGCAAAGCUCAUUCAAAAAACUGCACACAUUGUCAUGGGCCAUCAACUACACAUUCUGACCACACACAGUGUUGUAGCCUAUGUAAACUCACAGACGUUCACACUGACUGCACUAAGACAGAGACGACUGAGCAAAACCCUCGAGGCACCAAAUCUGACUUUCACACAUGAAGGCAUAAACAUGGCAGAUCAGUUGGGAACAGGGGAACCACACGAGUGUGCAGAGAGGGUUUAUAGAGAAGAAAAAGUCAGACCAGACUUACAGGCAGACCCAGUAGCAGGAGCCAGAGAUCUGUACACAGACGGAUGCUGCUUCAGGCAUGAACAGGAAGGGCUGAAAGCAGCAUACUCGGUAGUAGAAGAAAUACAGGGACAAUUGAUCACUAGGCAGGCCAAGAGGUUAGAGGGACAGCAGUCUGCACAGAGAGCGGAAGUCGUGGGAGUAAUAGCAGCACUCAAAAUGGGAAAAGGUCAGGAGGUAAACAUUUACACUGACUCAGCGUAUGCAGCAGGAGCUGUGCACGUGGAACUGAAACAAUGGUUAAGGGCAGGGUUUCUAACAGCCACAAACAAACCAAUAAAACAUGAAGCGGAAAUGAAAGAACUAGCAGAAGCACUACUACUUCCCCACAAAGUAGCUGUUAUUAAAUGCAAAGGUCAUGACAAGGGUAACACACACACGAAACGAGGAAAUGAUGCAGCAGACAAAGCAGCUAAGGAUGCAGCAGGAUAUGAGGUAAAAGCUAUUCUCAUGUCCUCAGAAAUAGAAGAAGAUGUAGACAUGACUAAAUUAAUAAAAGAACAGGCAGCAGCAUCUCCACAGGAAAAAACCUUAUGGAAAGCUAGAGGAACAACUGAAGUACAGGGCUUAUGGAGAGGGCCUUAUGGCCAACCCAUAUUGCCCCCAGGUGUCAGACAGACAGCCUUGGCGGAGGCGCAUGGAGUGGGACAUGUGGGGGUAGCUCAAAUGAUGAAAAAUCUGGAGCACUGGUGGCAUCCUUUCCUAAAAGACAUGGCCAAACAUUGGGUGGAGUCAUGUGAAUGGUGUAUAAAAUACAAUGCCAGACCAACAGUGAAACCACACCCUGGGCGCUAUCCCCUGGAGGCAAAAGCAGGGAAAGAGAUUAUCAUUGACUAUACCGAUAUGAUCACACCAGUUAGGGGGUACAGAUACAUACUGAUGUGUGUAGACGCGUACACAGGGUGGCCAGAGGCAUGGCCUACAAAGAAGGAGGAUGGGAAAUCAGUGAUAAAAUUCCUGAUUAACCAUUACAUCCCCAGGUAUGGGUUUCCAGAAAAAAUCAGAUCAGACAAUGGAACUCAUUUUAAAAACCAGGACCUACAGCAGGUAGAGGCCAUGCUAGGGUUAAAACACAACUUUGGUACUGUUUAUCAUCCUCAAUCACAGGGAAAGGUUGAAAGAAUGAAUCAAACAGUGAAAAACAAAUUGGCUAAAAUCUGUGCACAGACCAAAAUGAAUUGGCUAGAUGCGUUACCAUUAGCCUUAAUGUCCAUCAGGAGCUCUGUCAAUCAAUCAACACGGUUCACACCUCAUGAGCUCCAGACAGGGAGAGCAUUUCCGGGUCUUCAGUCUAAAUUGCCAGGGACAGGACACACCACUGACCAACAAUUGACACACAAAGAAUAUUUUAAUGAACUUCAAAGUCUUGUUACAGCCUUUGCCAAACAAGUGGUGAGUAUCAGAGGCACAGGUCAAGGAGCGCCAACUCCAGAGGCAGAGUGGGUGCUGCUGAGGGUCAUCAAAAGAAAGUGGUCAGAGCCAAGGUGGACCGGACCAUUUCAGGUGACCGAGAGGACGUCACACGCAGUCCGCCUCAAAGGAAAGGGUGAUACCUGGUUCCACUGGAGCCAGUGUGCCGCAGCAGAAGAACCCCAGCGCUCCCUAGCAGCAACUCACCAGGCGCUGAAAGAUUCGUGCACUGUACCGGCUGGUACAGAGGAAAAGUCCACCAACCAACAAGGGGCAGAAUAA